AUGGCACCUUCCAAGCAGUCAGAAUUGGAGGAAUUGGAGCGCAAGUUAUAUACGUACCGCCAGCACCAUUUUGAGCUAUCCGCCAGAGUGCAUCUAUCACACCUCAUCUUUGAUGCGGGAUUCAGAAGGCGGAUGAACAACCGUAAAAAUGUUCUUCGAUUGGAGAGUAUCAUGAAGAUUCAAGGGUGUCAACGCCUGAUGAGAGACAACCAUGUACCAGUCAUUGUCCCUAGGUCAGACUGGCUACGUCGCGUGAGCCCGCGCCAUGGCGACGGGAUCAUACCCAGUUUGGAUGUAGAUCUGGACUAUCGUCUGCGCGCUCAGGACCACGAGAAUCUGAUCGCGGCUGCACGGAAAACGCUUGACUCCGAUAAUCAGUGGUGGAUUGUGGACGUAUAUGUAAUCGACGACGAGGGAGAUAGUUGCGAUGUCGAUGCCGGAGUUCUCCGGGAGAAGUUCAUUCAAUCCCUAAACGAGCGGUUUCCAAAUGACAAUCGGCCGCCCGACGGUUUAAUAUACGAGCGUAUUAACUACUACGAGGGUCACCUGGACGGACCCCUGGAUCGAAUGGCCGCGAACAACUGGUGGGCUGUACUGGAGAGAGUGGCGGGAAGUAAGAAAGGAAAGUAUUUACGAUUGUUCUUCAAACAUCCAACAUUACAUCAAAAUUUGAAUUCGUUGCUUGUCAUCGGGGGUCUCUGGGAAGACAUGCGGAUUGGCCUACUUCAUAAACUCAAUUCCAUGCACUGUGAUGAGCCAAUUUCAUGCUAUUGGGGGUUGAUUCUCAGCACAUUUCUCGGACUGGUCGGCGGAAGACGCGAGUUGUUGCCUCUGAUCGAUGGAGUCACGGUCGGUCUGAUUCAAUCCUGCGCGCCUAAAGUUUCCGAUAAUGACCUGACGUUCCUGCAAACUGAAAUGGACGAGGGAAAUCUCUUCGCUAAUAUCCCGGAGGAGCCCCGCCAGGAGAUCUGGGAACGACUGAAAGAGAUUGAUUAUCCAAUUCCAACUUUGAAAACUUUCUUCAAGGAUCGUCUCUACCUCGAAGUCGCUCAGAAUGUUAUGAAACGACUCUUCACCCAACCACGUGAUAUGAAAAUUACGAUUGAUGAGGGUGUGUGCGGGGUGUAUGAUACUGCAGUGCCGAUUCUACAGGGACAGGAACGGCUGAGACCGGACCUCCUGGAGUUUUGGCGAUUUAGUUUCCAGUACGGAUUUGAAAUGACCGAUCAUCGGCGUCGAAAAUCUCUUAAAGGACCUGAUAUCGAAAAUCCAUCCGACCAGUAUGCCUUCAGGUCUUUACCCAUCGACCGAUCCGACAUCUGGCGGCAUUUCUUUGGCAUUAUGAGAGCAAGAGGCUUUAAACCCCCCAGCACAGAGGACCUAUCCCUUCCAACGGUUGAACUUCCUUCUCCUAUACCUUGUGACUAUCCGGAAGACCCGUCAAAGGAAAUCGAUGUCGCAAAACGAUGUGGAAAGCCAUUCACGGAUACCAUGGAGGCAGAUCGAUUCGCUUUGUCCGCGGAGUCGUUACAGCAGAACCGGACGAUGGAACGUGUGACGGCCGGGUUUCUCCAGAGAUCUAUUUUCAAAGCCUUUUUUGGCUAUCUCAUGGAAAGCAGGGCAAGCAGCGGCCAAUCGUUCGGCUAUAAUCCCUUCGAAGUGAGUAUGGGAACCCAUGAUUAUCGCGCACAAUCGGCCCAUACAAAUCUUAACCCAGAUACAACGGAAGUCCCCGACCUACCCGAGGAUUUUACGAGCGCCACACAGGCCCCUUUACCUACCCCAAUGACUGAGCCUUUUACUCCCGUGGUUGCAGCAUCAGCGGUCGAUGUGCGGCCGUCUUGUUACAUCAUGGAUGUCUGCAUAGCAGGGAACACACGAAGAUUGAACUUGCCGACCGAACAAUCCUACAUGAAUACAUUUUCGGAUGGUUUAGCUCGAAAUCACUUUGACGUUUGGAUACCUGAGGACAACCGAUAUAUUCGACCGGAAACAUGCUACAGGCACUACUUGCAACAUCCUUUGUCGCAGCUUCAUGCAGAGUUCAAAGCACGAGAAUCCUUGCGAAUGGACAUUGGAAGCAAGAGAAGGCGGGUCGAUGCACAACCGGAUAUGGAGAGGGCAAGAGAGUGGUUGGAAAAUCAACUUUCUGAUCUAUCUACCAGUGACGAGAACGAGCUUUAA